UGUUUACAUACCGAGAGAAGGAACCUUUGAAAGCGCCGCUGGGCAUGCGAAUGGUACUAUUGUUAUUAUUCCGCUGUAAUUAUUUUCGUCGAGACGUUGUCUGUCUCCAAGAGUUGCUGAAGCUAAAGGGAAUAUAGACAUCAAAAAUCAAAACCCAGGUAUAAGGAGAAAUUUGAAAGAAAACACUCGGGUAACGGUUCAACGGCUGAUAAUUUCAUGUAUCAAAAAUUUGGAUGUUGAUGGGACCACUUGGGGAUUUGUCAUCGGAAAUCUAUGUGACGAGCUGUCCUUAGAAGCAUAGUGACUCAGAGAUUCCCAAGGGAUGAUGUCAUGGCUUUUUUCAAGAAUCCACCUGAACUGCUUGAUGGAAUACCAGACAAGUAGCCUAUAAAAUGGGGUGGGAAUGUUAGUUUUUAUAUAUAUUUUUAGAUAUAUAUGUAGGGUAAUAUUUUUUAGUUGGGAAUGAAUUCACCUCAGAGCUCAAGGCCUUAUAUAUGUGAAAAAUGUGGUUCCAGCUUUAAGAAGAAAUGGAAUCUCAAAGUACACAUGGAAUCACACAGUGAGCCCUUUGAAUGUAACGUGUGCCACUUGAAAUUCAAGUUCAAGCACAAACUGCGAUCACACAUGGGGCGCCACACAGGAGUGAUAAAGUACAACUGUAAGAGAUGUCCAGCUGUUUUUGGGUACAAAAAGAUGCUCAACACACACAUGGACAUUCAUCUUCAGAGUCCCUCCAGAGUCCCUCAAAUUACCGGUAUUGCCAUGGUUGUGGGGCACAUUUCAGCAAAACAGAUGAUUUAGAGGCACAUUUUGUAUUCUGUCCAGGUAUAAAGAAAUGUGAAGAUGAUGAUGAUGAUGAUGAUGAUUGUAAAAGUAUAUCAUUUCAUGGUUCUGAGGAACUGGCUCAGAAUAUCAAGAAAAAUAUUACUGAAGAACCUUUAUUGUUUGAAGAUGAACGCAGGAAGCAGUUGCUAGAAAAGAACAAAGCAAUUGCAGAGCAGGAUAGAAGUAACAAUGGAGAAGAUAAAGAUGAAGGUAAUACAUGUAGAAAUGAUUUAAAAUCUAGACAGGGGCAUGGAAGUAAGCAUGAAGGGCACUCAGAUAUGAUAGUAAGCAUAGUUAUAGAAGAUAUUGAAGAAAUAGGUAGUAGAAGUGAAGGAAGCAUAGAAAAUGGAAAUAACAGAGACUCUGUAAAUAAUGGAAAUUGUACACCUGGUAAUUUCAUUAGUAAGGAGUGCCAGAGAAUAUCACAUGGCAAUUUAGAAAAUAUUGUCAGAAACAGUUCAGAUGACUCUGUCAUUAGAGCUGAACACUAUGUGGCAUCUGAGGCAGUGAGAGAAACUGACAACAUUCAUCAGUACAAGGAUAAAAGGUCAUCUGUUACAGAAGUUCCACUGCAUUCUGCUGAUGUAGGCGUACAAUGUCAUACAAGUUUUGAUAGUGAAGUGGUUGAUUCAUCUACUUGUAACCAAAGUAAAUACAAACCAGAGAGCAAAAGUGCAGUUGGUUUGAAAAGUGCUAUGGUACGGAUGCCAGUUAUCAUUGUUAAGCAAUUGUCAGCAAUUAAUGCUUCUGUUCCUAAAACCAAAUCUCAUGAGCUGGAUGAAAGGAAUGAAGUUGUUAAUCAUGAUUAUCCAUUUGACAAAGAAAGUGAUAGUAACAUAGGGCAUGAUGAUACCAGCAAGAACAUUCUGGUAGAAAGUCAAAAUCAGUCAGAAGCAUUAGUAUCAGAAUUUAAUGAGAAUGAAAGGAGUAUGUUUGAAGUUGAUGGAGACUCGCAUGAGGUGAGCAGUGGAGGACUAAAAAGAAAGCAUGUUAAUGAAUCUACAAAUACAACUGAAAAUCAGACAGCAUGUCUAGUCUCUGCUUGUGGGUUACAAACAAAGACAAAAACAAUAAAAUCCAGCAAGUAUCAGAGAAAGAAAAGGAAACUUAGCUCUAGUCCAGAAUCUGCCACUGAAGCUUCAGGAAAAGGAAGAUUAUUAAAGAAAAACUCAGAAACUGCAGUUAAUGAUACAAACAAUGACAGUCAUGUUGUGAAGUUGAACCAAAAGAGGAAAAGGAAAUGUGUCAUUAAUCAGGACCAAGCACGGGCAAAAAGGAGAGAAGAAAAGAAGAAAAACAAGAGAGUCAGUACCACAGCAAUCAGUAUAGAUGAAAAAAAUGUUUCUCAGGGGAAAGAUGUGUGUGUUACCAGAAGCAUUACACUUUUAAGUAAAAAUAACAUUUUAGAUCUUAAUUUGUCUCAAAAUUUUGAGCUGAGAAAUACCAAUAGAAAGGAGGGAUUAACAGUUCAUAAACUUCAGGCCCUUUGCCAUGCCAUAGUUAAGUGGGAUAUCAGGCCAUGUUUUGUACAGAUAGAGAAACUGCCCAAAGAUGUAGUUGAUGCACAUGAGAUAAAGGUAUCAAGGUCUUCUUUCAAGCAAAAGAUUAUAUCAAGCCCUUCUGUGAGAACAAAUCAAAUAUCUUCCAUAAGUAAUGAAAGUUUAAGAUCCCCAAAAAAGGCAAAUACAGCAGUAAAGCUGCUUCGCAGCCCAAACCAAAAGAAAAGACAAAGACGAGGGAAAGUUCAGACAAAUUCAAGUGGGUCAAAAAGAAGACCAUUAAAUGACACCUUGUUUCCAGUCGAAGAUUUAGAGUCAACCCCAGAAAUUGCAAAGAGGACCAGGAGAUGGACCCGCAUCUUAAAGAGAGCUAAGAUGUGUCUGAAAUUAAGGAACAGACUCGUGGGUUUGAAAGAGGAGAAUGGAUAUCAAUUCAGUGAUGACAGUGGAAGUACUGCCACUGAAAAUGAAAGCUCCAUGGAAGAGAGAGAAAAUACCCAUGAAGUAGAUUUAUCUCCAGCAAGGAGUGUAGAUCAUAAACAGGCCACUAUGCAAAGUCCAGACAUGUUGCUGUCAGCACAUUUAAUAGCACCAGACUUGGAAAUAAAAGUUAAAGAGGAAAAGAUUGAUAUUACUUCAGAGUUUUUGGAUUAUGACUUCUAGACUCAUUUUUAUAUAGUCUUGUUAAUGUUUUAUGUUAUCUUUAUUGAAAAUGAAAAUGCAUCUGCUUAUGUAAUUUUUUAUUGUUUUUCCUAGGACAAGGAAGGAUUUCUCAUAUAUUGUGACUAAUAACUAGUAACUAAGUAUUUGCAUAUGUAUUUUUUUAGUGUUAAAUGUUUUUUUAACAUUAAUUAAGAAAGUGUCAAUGGAUACGUACAAGAAAUCUUCAUGCUGUCAUUGCUAGAAAUAAAAUUUUCUGUCUUUG